AUGCCGUCAUUCAUACCGCGACCCUUCUCCCAAGCUCUCAACAUCGGCACCGACAUCUGCUCCGUCCAGCGGGUCAACAAGAUACUACGCAGUCGUCAAGCGCAGGCUUUUAUCCGCAGAGUGCUCAGAGUAGAAGAGAUUGCGCAGAAUCGUCGCCUGUUGAGCGCCGUCGACCGUCUUCAGGAAUUGGAGCUGCUCAAUACGACGACGGCGGCCGAAAGGCCAGUCCACCCACCACCUAGUGCACAGCAUGAGCGAGGUGAAGGGGAGCGGCAGAGUCAGAGCACUGCGAAUAGCUCGAUAUGGGCUCAGGGCAAUCCCGCUGCCCGUACCCAGGGCGGGAAGGAAAAUGCAAGACUCGAGCCCGGGACGACACCGCCCUCAACGAGGCCGAGGCACGCCCGCGAUUUUCCAGAUGCGGUCCGGGCGGUGGAGCGGUGCGCGCAGUUCCUCGCUGGCAGGUUCGCGGCCAAAGAGGCGGCGAUGAAGGCGCACCACUCGCGCCGCCUCACCUACCACUCCAUCUGUAUCCUGAAGCCUCCGCCGAGGAGAGAUGUGCCCGGCAGCGUGCCGCCUAUUGCUGUCGUCCUGCCGGAGGAGGAAAGGGAGGACGAGAGCGAUGGCGGGCUGGGCCGGGCCGAGGAGGUGAGGAUCAGUAUCAGCCACGACGGGGGGUUUGCUGUUGCCAGCUGCCUGGCUCGCGAUGAGGGAGGUGAUGGAGAUCACCGCAUGAGGUGUUUUGCGGAGGCUUUUUCGAGGGGAGGCAGUGGCUGGAUAGUUGCAGAGACGGGCCAUGGAGAAGGAAUGGGUAAGAAAUGA